AUGGCCUCCCACCAAAGCACUUAUGUGCGCGUAGCGCCAUCGCCGCGCUUCAAGGACUCGCAGACGCCGGCGCCGAGUGAGCUCAUCCAGCUUCGAAUGCAUCACAUGAUGCCUCAGACGACGCAGCGCGCGAAGGAGCGGGUGGGGAAGCUGAAGAGACUCUAUGCAGUGCCGCACGCAGUGCUGCUGCGCGAACACGCGGCGGCUAUGGCAAGGACCCUCCACCGCCUGCGCCUCGUCAAGGCGGUGAGAAACAUCAAGGUUCAGGGAGCCGGUGACGGUAGCAGCGCUGUUGCCGGCUCCCUCUGCUUACCGUUUCACUCCUGUGCGGCGCUGCCCGCCGCGCCGGCGGUGGUCAUCGACAACAGUGGGUCAUCCAGCAUUUCAUCUGCACGUGUGCUGACCGGAUCUGCGGACGGACUUCUUACGCUGUGGGACGCACAAAACUGCACGCCACUAAGCAGCCAGUCCACGUACGCCCAGUCGCGUGGCUGGGGGCGUGUCAAGUCGAUUGUAGUUCACCCACAGCAGCACGGUGAAGCACGUGCGGCCUCCGUCACAUCGUUUGCGUUUACGGCGAGCAUGUUUCAGCGUGUCGUGCGUGUGUGGCGAGUAGCGUCAGAUCGCGGUGAGGGUGACUCGCAGGAUAAAGACGCUGGCGCACCGCUACAGCCCCUGACAACAGCGUCUAUCACCCCUGACGAGUCGGUGGACAGCAGCUGUAGUGGAGACGUUGGGGGCCUGCAGCAGCUUGCCCUGGACCCUACAGGCGCCCUCCUGGCCGCAACGCACGCCACCGGCACAGUACAUGUGUGGGAUGCGCGGGCUGUGCUCGAGGGCACAUCGUCGUCUGCAGCAGCGAGCACCACCGCAGGCACGCCUCCGCUCACACAUCUCUACGCGCAGGACGGCUACGAGAUGGCCGGGGCCACCCUCGGCAUCGCUUUUCACCCCGACGGCUCGCUGCUCACGACAAGUGAUGCUGGAGGUCGCGUUGUCGCUUGGGACACGCGCAGUGGUCAACUUGCCUUCCACACCGGCGGCCGCGUUGGCGGGCACCUACGAGCCGCGCCGUGCGUGGCGUGGUCUCCCUGUGGCGUGCGCGUCGCGUCAGGCGGCGGAGAGGGUGUAGUGCACCUCUACGAUGCUCGUAAGCUGAGCAAAGCGGGACUGGGGCCGCACAACGACGCCGGCGGUGGCACUGCCCCGUUUCAACUUCUCGGCCACGACGACGCUGUCACGUCGCUGAGCUUCUACAUAAACCCUCUCAGUGCUGCUGACAGUCGCGCGCUAGGCCAGGUGCUUCCGAUCGGCUUGGUGACAACGUCGCUGGACCACACCGUGCGCGUCUGGGACGCAGACACGGGGCUGUGUGUGCGCACCCUGGAUGCGGGCAUGCCUCUCUACGCGCAGUGUCGACCGCAGCUCCCGCCGGUCUCCCCUUGCUUCGCUUCGCCCACGUCGAUCAUGGUGGUUGGGCAUGGCAAGAAUUGGCUGCUCUACGACGUCGGUACGGCGAACGAGGUGGCAGAAGAGGAGGCAGUCACGGGCGACUCGAACGUCGUGGUGACGGAGAACAACAUUGUGGUCUCUGCCUACGGCUCCGCGGAAGACAUGCGACUCUCAGUGCUGGCCGCGUAUGCCAGUCGGCCAUCAAACGCCACGGAAGAAACCGACAGCGAUGACGACGACGAGAUGAUGGCACUGCGUAAGAAGCCGCUGCCGCCGCAGGGGCAAAUGAAGAGCACAGCUUCCAGCCUUCUCGAGGACGGCAAUGACGAUGACAGCAGCGAAGAUGAGAUGGAGAGGCUCAGGAAGAAGAAGUGA